GCCAAAGUGUCUAGACUGGCAUAUGAUGGGAGGCAGCCAAUGACUCCGCGGCGCUCCUCCGGGGGCCCUCAGUGUGCGUUUGAGGAGAACAAAAAAGAGAGAGGCGAGCGAGGGAGACGAGCCGAAAGAAAGAGCCGCCGGGCGCUGCCUCGCCAGACCUCGCCGGGACCGCGGGGCCACCGGGAGGCACUUUUUGUGGAGGGGGGAGGGGGGCGACCUCUGCAGCCGCAGCGUCCGGGGCGUCCGAGCGCAGCGUGGGGCGGGCUACGACCUCUGCCUCGGUGGAUUGCAUUUUUAAUUAAGGAUUCCCAGCAGCUCUUUGGGAUUUUUACAGUUUCCACUCAUGUGUUGACACCCGCGUUCAGGAGAAAUUCGCUCCAAGUGCAUCUAGCGCCUGGGACCUGAGACGGAGUUGGCUUUUCGUGCAUGCAAUUCCAGGGAUUUUGGUUUUGUUUGGGGUUUCUUUUUCUUUCUUUCCUUUUUUUCUUUUUCUUUUUUUCUUUCUGCAGGGAGUAAGAAGGAAGCCGAGGGUAUCAACAAGCCUGCCUUUCGGAUCCUGCAGGAAAAGCCCAUGUAGUGAAGUGCUUGGGUUUUAAAGGCAGGGCUUCCCAGACACAUUUGGGGGGUUCGGCGCGAGCGCUUUGUGCUCAUGGACCAGCCGCGUAACUUUUGAAGGCUCUCCGGCCCAUGCGGGGUCUUGCUGGUGGCGCGCAGCCUGCAGUCCCUCUAAAGCGCCGGGGCUGGAGUUGCUGAGCUGCCCGGGCGCCGGGGUCCAUGUAGUCGCGGGCCGAGCGCGGACUGCGGCUCGGCGUGCGCGCGUUCCCCGCCGUCCCGCCCUGGCGAGCUCCCUCAUGUUGCAGCCCUGCGGCGCCCCUUCGACGACAGGCUGUGCGCGGUCUGCACGGCGCCCGGCGGCAGAGCUUCAUGUGGGGCUGCGGCCCGCGCAGCCGGCGCCUCGCUGAGGAAACGGACCCCCGGUAACCGGAGACCGCCUCCCCCCCACCCCCGGCGCCAAAGGAUAUCGUAUGUUCAGGUCCAAACGCUCGGGGCUGGUGCGGCGACUUUGGCGAAGUCGUGUGGUCCCCGACCGGGAGGAAGGCAGCGGCGGCGGCGGCGGCGGCGGCGGCGGCGACGAGGAUGGGAGCGUGGGCAGCCGAGCUGAGCCGGCCCUGCGGGCACGAGAAGGCGGAGGCUGCGGCCGCCCCGAAGUCCGCCCGGUAGCCCUGAGGCGGCCCCGGGACGCGGUGGGACAGCGAGGCGCCCAGGGCGCUGGGAGGCGCCGGCGCGCAGGGGGCCCCCAGAGGCCCAUGUCGGAGCCGGGGGCCGGCUCUGGGGGCUCCCCGCUUCACGUGGCGGAGCCGGGAGGCCGGGGCUGGCUGCCCGAAAGUGACUGCGAGACGGUGACCUGCUGUCUCUUCUCGGAGCGGGACGCCGCCGGCGCGCCCCGGGACGCCGGCGACCUCCUGGCCGGGGCUGCCCUGGAGCCGGCGGGCGGCGGGCGGAGUCGCGAAGCCCGCUCGCGGCUGCUGCUGCUCGAGCAGGAGCUCAAGACGGUCACGUACUCGCUGCUGAAGCGGCUCAAGGAGCGCUCGCUGGACACGCUGCUGGAGGCGGUGGAGUCCCGCGGCGGCGUGCCGGGCGGCUGCGUGCUGGUGCCGCGCGCCGACCUCCGCCUGGGCGGCCAGCUCGCGCCGCCGCAGCUGCUGCUCGGCCGCCUCUUCCGCUGGCCCGACCUGCAGCACGCCGUGGAGCUCAAGCCCUUGUGCGGCUGCCACAGCUUCGCCGCCGCCGCCGACGGCCCCACCGUGUGCUGCAACCCCUACCACUUCAGCCGGCUCUGCGGGCCAGAAUCACCGCCACCCCCCUACUCUCGGCUGUCUCCUCGCGACGAGUACAAGCCACUGGAUCUAUCUGAUUCCACAUUGUCUUACACUGAAACGGAGGCCACCAACUCCCUCAUCACGGCUCCAGGUGAAUUCUCAGACGCCAGCAUGUCUCCGGAUGCCACCAAGCCGAGCCACUGGUGCAGCGUGGCCUACUGGGAGCACCGGACACGGGUGGGCCGCCUCUACGCGGUGUAUGACCAGGCCGUCAGCAUCUUCUACGACCUACCUCAGGGCAGCGGCUUCUGCCUGGGCCAGCUCAACCUGGAGCAGCGCAGCGAGUCGGUGCGGCGCACGCGCAGCAAGAUCGGCUUCGGCAUCCUGCUCAGCAAGGAGCCGGACGGCGUGUGGGCCUACAACCGCGGCGAGCACCCCAUCUUCGUCAACUCCCCCACGCUGGACGCGCCCGGCGGCCGCGCCCUGGUGGUCCGCAAGGUGCCCCCCGGCUACUCCAUCAAGGUGUUUGACUUCGAGCGCUCCGGCCUGCUCCAGCACGGGCCCGAGCCCGACGCCGCCGACGGCCCCUACGACCCCAACAGCGUCCGCAUCAGCUUCGCCAAGGGCUGGGGUCCCUGCUACUCCCGGCAGUUCAUCACCUCCUGCCCCUGCUGGCUUGAGAUCCUCCUCAACAACCACAGAUAGCGGCCCGCCACCCGCCCCGCCAACGGGGGCCCCGUGCCCAGAGACACAGCCCCCACGGACGACCCCUCCCCCCCAGAUAUCAUCUACCUAGAUUUAAUAUAAAGUUUUAUAUAUUAUAUGGAAA